AUGGCGCCCAAGAAGGUGGUUCGCAACGUGGAGGAGGAUGAUGUGGUGCAAGACCCCAUGGCUGGUUCCAGCACCGACCUUUCCAUUGAAGAGUUGGCAGCGCGUCUUUUGAAUAUGGACUUGGAUGAGAUGGAGAAGUAUGAGGGUAAGUUCAAGGAGAUUGCCAAAGAUGCCUUGGCGAAGAUGAAGAUGGUUCAUGACAAGUCCAAGGAUUUGAAGAAAGAGGCAUCCAAGGAGCAGACCAAAGCCAAGGCAAAAUCCAAGGCAGAGGAGGACAAGAAGCGUCGCCAAGAAGAGCGUGAUGCUGAUGCUGGCAUUCACCUGCGUCGUGAAGGUCAGAUCACCACCAUCAACAUCAAGCUCGGAAAAACGAUUGGGUUGCUUCGUCAGAUGUUGGGUCAGCAUCUUGGAAUGACCCGCAAGGCAAACUCUUCCAUUCGCAUUCGUGUUCCAGGCUUUGGUGGUGAUGUUUUGACCGAAAAACCAUGUCGCACUUUGCUGAAGAUUGGGUGCCAUGGUGGAAUGAUGCUUGAGUGGGAUAUGGUUGCUCCCAGCGGUGCCAUCAACAAUUCCUCCAACACCAACACCGAGGGAUAUGGCACCAUUCCUUUGCCUGCUCCUAUGGAUAUUGACGAUGUGAUUAGCAGUGUGCUGUCUGACCAGGAUGGCAACGACACAGAAGCCACAGAUGACGCUGAGUCGGAUGAAGGAGAUGACGAACCUGAGACCUUGUAA